UGAUGAACAACAAAGAUGGAGUAGAAGUAGGAGCAAGUUAGCUACGCAGACACGUACCGUUAGUUUUUCUUUAUUUGUGUGGUAGUUUUGCAACUUCUAAAGUGGCGUGUCCUGUUCGGUGUGUUAGACGUAGUUCCUGUUUUAUAGAGGAUUCAGAGGGCGGUCGACCCGGUAAACAAAGCGGUAUCCUGGCUAGGAAACGGCAGCUUCGGUGCUAAGCUAGUGGAUAAACGAACCUAAAGUUGGACCGAAAUGGAGAAGGGAGACUUCCUGAAGGGACUACCUGUCUACAACAAAAGCAACUUCAGCAGGUUUCACUCCGACUCCGUCUGUAAAGCAUCAAAUCGCCGACCGUCUGUUUAUCUUCCAACACAAGAGUAUCCAUCAGAACAGAUUAUUGUGACCGAGAAGACAAACAUCCUGUUGAGGUAUCUGCAUCAGCAGUGGGACAAAAAGAAUUCACCAAAAAAGCGAGAACAAGAGCAAGCAGACGGGGAAGCUACAGCUCCUCCUCGAAAAAUGGCCCGAACCGACAGCCAGGAGCUGAACGAGGAUACAUAGAGAGGGACUUGAGGAAACAAAAGGCGCACGCAGAGACGGGAACAAUGUUUGAAGGUUGUGGUGUUGAAGCACACAACACUGAGUGGGACCAUGACUGAUCUGUUGGCCUCCUUGUCUACGGAUUUCAACCUUAAACUGCUUUCACUACCAAGACUGCAGCCCUCUGCUGCAGAGCUGUCCUGAAAUACCCCACAGCUGCGUCCUUGGUCCUCCUCCUUUUGUUUUCAAGUUUUUGUUCUCAUAUAGUCAUAAAACGUGUCCAGUGAGGGAUUUAGACCCUCACUCCGUCAGCAACGUUGUUGGUUUGGGAUUAAGUGGUGACAGAGGUAUUUAAGUUUUUAUUUAUAUUUCGUCUUUUUUUUUUUUUGUUAUUGA